CAUGGCAAAGACGAAGCGAAAAACCAAACGCACAUCCAAGCUACAAGCUCCGAGUAUUCCAAACGAUGGACCCUUUUGCCUUCCUGAGCCCGCUGACGAGUCACUAGUAUCGAAAGGCAUCCUCCCCGUCGAACUCACCCACUCGAUAAUCGCCCAGGCUCUCGGAAAUUACUAUACCAAUCUUAUUCUCUACGAAGGGAAUAACAUCACUGAAAAUGGAGAGCCAGAUGUGCCAUUCACCCUUUUGCACGCGUCGAAGUUGUUCAGGACGGAAACGAUCAGGUUAAUGGGAUAUCUGUUUGCAGGGUCGAGGGAGAUCAUCGACACUCGUAACGGAAUCGUACACCUCAAAACAUACUACACCUGGCUCCACCGCCUCCGCCAUCUCCACUUCGUCGCCCACAACUACCCCUUCUCAACCUUCAACUCUCUCUCCAACUCCUACGAAUCCCACGACAAAACAGACGAACCGACAAAAGGUCUCGGUCUGUUUGACCUCUGGCAGAACUUCCUCGAUAACACGGCUCUCGAACGUCAGCUGUUGACGGAGCAGUGUAAAGUCUCCGUGCCGCUUUCGAGGCCGAUCGAGAUGGAGGAUAUCAGGAGAGUGUGGAUGGGCGUGGUCGUGGAGGAGAGGAUGGUUAAAAGUGUGGAGGCGAUACCAGGGUUUGUGCGGAGGGUUGGAGAGGAAGGAGGUACGGGCGUAGGGUUGUGGGCUGUGCUUGUCGGGAGGAUCGUGAGGGCGAGUCGGUGGAAAGGAUUGAAGUUUCUCAAAAUGGUGAUGGUCAAGGGCAUAGUGAUGAUCGUAGAGAGGAUCAUCAACGGCGUUCGCGCAGGAACAAUGAACGAUCUUUCAUGUACACUCCCGGCCAUUUCCCUCGACCGCCAACGCCGAAAAUACGACUCAACGUCCGUCCAGAACGUCUCAUACGUGUUCCCCGGGAUGGUAAUGUCUGACGUAUCCGACCUCGGAGAGCUGGAGCUCUUCGUGACGGGCUUCACAGCGGUCAUGGUCGAGUUACAGAUACUUGGAGCGAACGGUGACCCUUUCCAUCUCAAGAUGGCCGAACGAUGCAGACGCUGGCUAGGAACUUUAUUCAGCGAAGAGGAGAGGAUCUGUCGAGGACUAGGCGAUCAGACGAGAGAGGAGGCCAUCUGAGCAUUCAUUUAUUGAGCAGGUCGCGGUCUUGGUGAGAGGUCAGUUUGGACGCAGUACUAGGAAUGAUAGCUGAUAGAGAACGAUCGUUGAUGUAGCGGUGGCAAGCGCCGCUGCUUCGAGUAACAAAGUAAACCCAGGCUCGGAUGCAUGUGUUACAAAAUUAACUAAAGUUGUACCCGUUCAUGGACGAACGUCCGGAUAACGUUGC